AUGGCUUCCCGGUUAGCCCUUCGUCAAUUUCCCGCCCAGCGUUUGAGGUCUGUUCCUCGCGUUGCGCGGUCGAUAUGCUGCAGGACUUUUACAUCAUUUAAGGCCUCCGAAGGCGCCAGAGCCGCUACCGGCUCGAUUCACGGCAUGCAGUCCACUACAAGUCUGCGUGGCGCGUUCUCGAGAGUGAAUGUCAUCCCAAUCGCAAGCCAUCAGGUUCGGACCUAUGCGGACACUGUCGUCAAGGUUCCCCAGAUGGCGGAAUCUAUCACAGAGGGAACAUUGAAGCAAUUUUCAAAACAGGUCGGAGACUACGUCGAACGGGAUGAGGAAAUUGCGACGAUUGAGACCGAUAAGAUUGAUGUAUCGGUCAAUGCGCCGGAAUCCGGCGUCAUUAAGGAGCUGCUCGUGAAUGAGGAGGACACCGUCACAGUCGGACAAGAUCUCGUGAAGUUGGAAGCCGGUGGUGCCCCGGAAAAGAAGUCAGAGGAAGCGAACGAGAAGCCCAAAGAACCUGCCGCUACCAGCCCCGCGUCCGACAAACCCAAGGCACCGGAACCAGCACCAUCUUCUCCCGCCCCUGAAAAGGCAUCCUCGCCAUCGAAAGCCCCUUCUUCGCAGGCGGAAACUUCUAAGCCGACACAGCAAGCGGCAUCAAAGCCUCAAGAAUCGGGUGAGGCGAAGCCCGCCCUAGGAAAUCGCGAGGAGAGAAGAGUCAAAAUGAACCGCAUGAGACUAAGGAUUGCGGAGCGUCUGAAGCAGUCUCAAAACACUGCUGCUUCCCUCACUACCUUCAAUGAAGUCGACAUGUCUUCUCUGAUGGAGUUCCGGAAGCUGUACAAGGAUGAGGUUUUGAAAAGGACGGGUGUCAAGCUGGGGUUUAUGAGCGCCUUUUCCCGCGCUUGCGUUCUGGCCAUGAAGGAUGUUCCCGCCGUUAAUGCCUCUAUCGAGGGCCCCAAUGGCGGCGAUACUAUUGUCUAUCGUGACUACGUUGAUAUUAGUGUCGCUGUUGCGACUGAGAAGGGACUCGUGACACCAGUGGUCCGUAACGCGGAGACUAUGGAUUUAGUCGGUGUCGAGAAAUCUAUUGCAGAUCUCGGAAAGAAGGCGCGUGACAAUAAGUUGACAAUCGAAGAUAUGGCCGGAGGCACCUUCACCAUCAGCAAUGGCGGCGUCUUCGGUUCUCUCAUGGGCACCCCUAUCAUUAACCUCCCCCAGACUGCUGUCCUUGGGCUCCAUGCCAUUAAGGACAAGCCUGUGGCAGUCAACGGGAAGGUUGAGAUCCGCCCAAUGAUGUAUCUUGCUCUCACCUACGAUCAUCGACUUUUGGAUGGCAGGGAGGCUGUCACUUUCCUGGUCAAGGUCAAGGAGUAUAUCGAGGACCCCCGCCGUAUGCUCUUGGGUUAG